AGGAAGAGAAGGAAGCAGAACGGCGGUUUAUUCGGACGUAAGCAGCACUAAGUAAGAAGGGAGAAAGAAAGGCCUUUGUCUUCUUCCUUCCUUGCUCUUCCUUUACGCGUUUGUUUUUGCUUCUGCAUCUCAACCAUUCACACGCUCCUCUCUCUCUCUCUCUCUCUUCUCUCUAGAAGCUUAAAAGUCUUUUCCUUUCAGCGUUUCUUCUGAGUUUGAAUUUUCUACAACCCCCACGAUUUGGUCAUUCGACAAGGAAAGUUCUUGAAUUUUCUCGUAAUUACUAGUACCCAACCGAUCUGAUUCUUGUUUUUCACAAUAAAGUUUUGAACUUUAGAGAGACUCUGUUUCGUCUUGAUCAUCAUCAUCAUCAUCUAGGGUUUUCUAAUCUUAAGAAAAUGAGGAAGCCGAAGCUAUCGAAACUGGACGUGUUCGUGUCCGUCAGCAAGCAGAGAUCGGUGCAGAUACUAAUGGCGGUUGGGUUUCUCUACAUGCUCCUCAUCACUUUCGAAAUCCCCUUCGUCUUCAAAACAGGGUUUAGCACCUUGUCUCAGGACCCGCUAACCCGACCCGAGAAGCAAAACAGCCAGCGCGAGUUGCAAGAGAGGCUACCUCCGAGCCGGCCUUUAAAGAGCUUGCUUUUCCAGGAACCCGAGUCCGAACCACCAUCGUCGAUUCAGGGUUUAAGGAGGAGGAGUCAGAUCCUCUCCACCUUGAAGUUCGACCCGGAAACUUUCAACCCGGGUAGCAAAGACGGGUCGGUGGAGCUUCACAAAUCCGCUAAAGUGGCUUGGGAAGUUGGUAGAAAGCUGUGGGAAGAGCUCGAGUCUGGAAAGACCUUAAAGUCCUUGAAGAAGAAGACUGAGGAAUCAACCUCAUGCCCUCUCUCGGUUUCCUUAACCGGGUCUGAUCUUUCCAACCGUGGGAGCCUCAUGGAGCUUCCCUGCGGGUUAACUCUCGGAUCGCACAUCACAGUGGUUGGGAAGCCAAGAGGUGCUCACUCGGAGAAGGACCCGAAGAUAUCGAUGUUGAAGGAAGGAGAGGUUUCGCAGUUUAAGCUGGAGCUUCAGGGCUUGAAAGCAGUGGAUGGGGAAGAGCCACCUCGGAUCCUCCACUUGAACCCGAGGCUUAAGGGUGAUUGGAGUGGUAAGCCUGUGAUUGAGCAGAACACUUGUUAUAGGAUGCAGUGGGGAUCUGCACAGAGAUGCGAAGGGUGGAGAUCUAGAGACGAUGAAGAAACUGUUGAUGGUCAGGUGAAGUGCGAGAAAUGGGUUCGUGACGAUAGCAUUGCAUCUAAAGAAGAGCCUAGCAAGGCGGAUACAUGGUGGCUUAGUAGAUUAGUAGGUCGGAGCAAGAGAGUAACCGUUGAAUGGCCGUUUCCAUUCACGGUUGACAAGCUCUUUGUGCUUACACUUAGUGCUGGUUUGGAAGGUUUUCACGUUAGUGUCGAUGGGAAGCACGUCACUUCCUUCCCUUACCGAACUGGGUUUACGCUUGAGGAUGCUACUGGCUUAACCAUCAACGGGGACAUUGAUGUUCACUCGGUUUUCGCUGGAUCUCUCCCGACCUCGCACCCUAGCUUUUCUCCUCAGAGGUAUCUUGAGCUCUCGAGCAACUGGCAAGCCCCAUCACUUCCUGAUGGCCAAGUUGAUAUGUUCAUUGGUAUCCUUUCUGCUGGUAACCAUUUUGCUGAGAGAAUGGCUGUGAGGAAGUCGUGGAUGCAGCAUAAGCUAGUUAAAUCUUCUAAAGUAGUGGCUCGCUUCUUUGUUGCACUGCACACGAGGAAGGAAGUGAAUGUGGAGCUGAAGAAGGAAGCUGAGUUCUUUGGGGACAUAGUUAUAGUCCCUUACAUGGAUAGCUAUGACCUUGUUGUCCUCAAAACUGUUGCCAUCUGCGAGUAUGGGGCUCAUCAGCUUGUUGCAAAGUACAUAAUGAAGUGUGAUGACGAUACAUUUGUACAAGUAGAUGCGGUUCUAAGUGAAGCGAAGAGAACACCUGCAAAUAAGAGUUUAUACAUUGGCAACAUCAAUUAUUAUCACAAACCGCUCCGUCAGGGUAAAUGGGCUGUUACGUAUGAGGAAUGGCCCGAGGAAGACUAUCCACCUUAUGCUAAUGGACCGGGGUACAUAUUGUCAAAUGAUAUAUCUCGCUUCAUUGUAAAAGAGUUUGAGAAACACAAACUAAGGAUGUUCAAAAUGGAAGAUGUGAGUGUGGGAAUGUGGGUAGAACAAUUCAACAACGGGACCAAACCGGUGGAUUACAUUCACAGUCUCAAGUUUUGUCAGUUUGGUUGCAUAGAGAAUCACUUGACGGCGCAUUACCAGUCGCCAAGACAGAUGAUUUGCUUGUGGGAUAAGUUGGUUUUGACAGGAAAACCUCAGUGCUGCAACAUGAGAUGACACAAACCAAAUCACUCUGUUUCUCUUUGGUUUGUAAAGAUGAGGACAAUAGAAAUCAGAAAUCUUUUUUUUUUGGUUUUGUAGCAUUUUCAUAGCAUAUAACUUUAGCUGUAGUAUAUCUUCUUGAUCUUGGAGAACGAAAUCUAAAAUAUAUAAAUCCUUUUUUUUUGUAGAA